ACUGAUUGAUAGGGGUAGUUGCACUGAGCACCUACAAACGAAGCUCUUUAUUUUUAUUUUGAAUUCAGGAUAUAGUGAAAAUAAAUGUUGUCUUAUGCAUUCUUUGGAUAAAGGCUCAUUGCAAGCAACUUGGUUUUGGGUUUAGUUGAAUUCACGUUUCAUUUAUAAUUUAUACUUAAAUUAUAAGUGUAAUUUGGCAAAACUCUUAAAUCAGAUGUCUACACUCGGCUCAGAGCUUCGCCAGAGAGCUGCUCAGCAGACUACGCCGCCGUCAUCAGGAGAUGACGAUGCCGACAAAACACAGGUUGGGUUAUUAUUAAUUAAGUUUUGGGUUCAUCAUUAUUUUUAUUACAAAAUAAUAAAAGACAUUAACAUUUGUUUAAUAAUUCUUUACUAUUAAUAUACUGGAUAUUUCAUUCCCUAGUGCCUAGUUUCUUAAUCAGGCUUAUUAUUUGUAAAUCACAGUCAGUGAAGUUAAUAGUUAUAGCACAAAAAUAUAUAUUAUACUAAUUAUAGUAUUUAUAGUUAGUAGCCUAUAGUUAUGCAUCUAAUAUAGUCUCGUAGUGAUUCUGCAGCAUUUAUAUUAGGCGGGUGAUGAUAGAGUGAGGCGCGAUUGGGAAAUAGGUAAAGCAUCCUAGGCCUAGGCUAAUUACUAACACAACAACACAUUAAUCCAAAGAAUUCCAAAACAUAUUUUAAAAGUUACCACUAUAAUUAUAAUUACUUGCGCAUCUUUAAAAUUAAAGAUGAAUAUCAACAGCUUAGGCUUAAGGCUUAAGACUUAAGUCUAAAAUUUACUCUAAGUCUAAGUUGAUGUUAAUGAUGGCUCAAACUCAAAUGUCUGCAAACAAUUUUCAAUAUCAAAAUUUUGCUUGAAGUUCAAUGACCAAAGAAGGAUAAAUUUAUGCAGCUUUUUAAAUCCUUAAAUUAACUUUGCCUUUGUUCCUGCCUGGCUGGCAAAAUCUAUAAUAAUCGGCAUCCUUCCGUCUCGUGAGACGAUGGUGCAUCACCGUUGGGUUGGGUUGCAUUUUCUCGAGUGGCUGUGCAGUCCUAUCCUUGAGUGACAGUCUUUACCACAGUUUUUACACACGAGUUCCGUGCUUCUAAAUGUUUUGGCCUUUCUCCUAGCUCUUCUGUCUGCAGCCUCUUCCAUUCUUCGCUCCUCGGCUACCAUGACGCCCUCUUUGACAACUGUGCGCCACGUAGAUCGGUCUUUUGCCUUACACUCCCAGUCACUUGUAUGUAUUUUGGCUGCUUUCAUGUCCCUUUGACAGACAUCUUUAAAUCGCAGACGUGGGCGACCUGUUUUCCUCUUUCUAGCAGCAAGUUCACCAUAUAGGAGGUCUUUCGGAAUGCGGCCGGGACUCAUUCUUUUAACAUGACCUAGCCAUCUCAGGCGUCUUUCACUAAGGAUUGUGAACAUGCUUUGGGUAUUCGCACGCAUUAGGACCUCACUAUUAGUCACUUUUUCUUGCCAUUUAAUACCAAGGAUGCGACGCAGGCAUCUCAUAUGGAAGCUAUUAAGCUUGCGCUCUUGGGAUGUAUAGGUGGUCCAUGUCUCGCUCCCGUAUAGUAGUGUACUGAUGACACAAGCUCGAUAGACGCACAGUUUGGUUUUCUCCGUUAGCUUGGUGUUUUGCCAGACCCGUUUAUUUAGUUUAGCCAUUGUGGCAGCUGCCUUGCCGAUUCUGCUGUUAAUUUCUUCUUCAAUGGACAGUGUAUUGGAGACCUUGGACCCCAAGUAGGUGAAGCUGUCCACAACCUCCAAGUUUUCAUUAUCGAUUUUUAUGUUAGGUGGAGGUCGAGUGUCUUGGGCCAUGAUGUUUGUCUUUUUCAAGCUGAUUUGCAGACCAAAUUCUUUGCAGGCAUUGGAGAAGCUUGACACGAGUUGUUGCAAACCAAUUUCUGUGUGUGCGGUUAGAGCCGCAUCAUCCGCAAAUAGUAGCUCGCGAAUUAGGACAUCUGUCGUUUUGGUCUUGGCUCGGAGGCGGGCAGUGUUGAAAAGUCCUCCAUCAGCUCUGGUGUGUAACCAGAUUCCCUCACUGCUAUCCUUGAAUGCGUAUCGAAGUAGUACAGAGAAGAAUAUUGUGAACAGUGUUGGUGCGAGUACACAACCUUGUUUAACUCCGCUGCUGACUGGAAAGGCUUCUGACUUGGCUCCAUCGAACUGCACUGUACCCUGCAUAUCUUCAGAUGGCUAAUUGACAUUCUAUCAAAUUUUAGCCCCCCCCCCCAAAAUCAGUUUUCCUGUUUUUCAAGGAAAGAAUAAAGGAAAAUUCAAAAUAACUGAGCUAAAUGAGACCCUUAAAAAAUAUUCCAAGUGCGUUUGGUGGGUAAUAUUUUAUUUUGUUUUCCUGAAAUAGUUGUUGAAGUAAAUCUGUGGUGUAAAAGCGGGUGGGUCAUUAGAAUAUUAAUAUAGUUCAGGGGCUGAAAAAGAACAUUGUAUUUUCAAUGUUGUAUUGUCAUCAACUUUGUACUGGUACAAGAAAAACAGUACUCUGUAAGUUAAUGAUUUUAAUUAUAUUUAUUUUUAUUUUGUAAUUUAUUAGUAAUUUAAUAAAACUUAUUAAUUGUAAUUAGCCCUGGAUUGAGUGUCUUAUCUUUUGCUAUUGUAUUUAUCAUAUGGUAUCGUCUUUUGUCAUGUACUGUUUAGAACGAGCCAUAAAUUUUAAAAUAAGAGAUUAAUUUCUCCACACUGAUAACAGUACGUAACAGCCGAGCUUUUGUUGAUCUGUGUACAAUCUGAUGCAAGUGAUAAUUGGUCAGCCAUCGUAUUGUGGGUUUCCCCCCUCACCCCUGCACCUUUGACCUCUACCUUCUAAUGUCUUGAUUUAUCUGCUCUCACCGUCAAACUCGUGCUUGCAGCUUUCUUUUGCAAUCUGAUACACAUGAAAGACAAUCUGAUGCACGUGGUAAUUGAUUAGCCUUCUAACUGAAGGUUUCCCCCACCCAUGUACCACCCAGGCUGAACUCUCUACAAUAUCAAUACUGAAUUAGUAAUUACUUUAUAUAUAUCAAGUUCUUUAUAAUUAUUGAAAUCCACUUUGCUGGCUGUAGCCUUGUAGACAAACAUGUAGAGCACAUCACGAUUGCUGUUUCAGGUGUAGCUGUUUACUGCACGCAUACUCCUUAAGCCUAGCUGAUUGCUGCUUUUAUUUUAACUGUCCCUUUUCUUUAGUUUCAUUUUGCUUUUUUUAAGGUCAUUAGACUUAAAAGUUAGAACAAAAAAGGAGAGGAGAUCUCUUUCAAAAAAACAUUAGGACUUUAUCAAUAACCAGCAGAUAAGGGUGGAGCUUUCAAUGUUAGGAUAAGAAACUCUAUAUUAAGAAAAGCACACAAUUUCUUGCUACAAAUUUUUGCAAAGCUGAAUAAUCUAUUUGCCAUUUUCUUGAAACAAUGGGACUUUUAAAAUUGUACUUUGGUCUUUUUAAAGUCGGCAAGCUACUUCCACCUGAAUCUAAUUUACGACAGCAUCCUCAAUAGGCCAAUCAUUUCUGCUUGCUUUUGCCCUCUUUAACUGAUUUGAAUUUUUUUUUGGUUAGCAUUUCAGUCAUUUGAGAAUUGAGCAUCAUACUUCAAAGACACUAAUUAUCAGGUACUAUCUGGAGGAUCUGGAUUUAUCUAGCAACAAAGCCCACACUUUUUUCUCUGAGACUUUCUACAAAUGUUAAAUAGAUUACUGCAUUGGGAUCACAAUUUUUUAUUGAAUAUAUUGGAAAUUUCCAGCCAUCAAUUAAAUUUACUGAAAUAAUCUCAGAAAUGACAGUGAAAUUCCAAGAAACAUAAAAGUAAAAAAAAAAAACAACAACCUUAGUUGACUAUGAACCUCUAGAUUGCCACAACAUGAAUAUUUAAUAUAUAUAAAACAAUAAGUUUGAUUAAUCCCCACCUAUUUGAGAUUCCUUUCUAUGAGUAAUGGGACAUCUGGUGUAUAUAUUUACCAGUCGCACAUUUUAUGUUGGCUAUUAUUGGAAAUUAUAUGGAGUUUUCAUUGAACCAAAAAAUGUACAAAUAUAUAUUACUAAAAAUCUGCCUCGUUCAUAGUAAUUAUUCAUUUAAAGCACACCUGUUUCAUUGACUCAUAUUAUAUUAUAUUCUGAAUAACUCAGAAAUCAGCACCUACAUCUCAGGCCUCAGCAUCUGACACUGAUGAAGAUGAUCUUCCUGUUAAACCAUCGAAACCUGUUCAGUCUCAAGCUCAAGGCUCAGAUGUACUGGACAGUGCAUUCAAAGUUUUUUCUCCAAGGUAAAAGCUCUUGGUGAAAAUAACUAGGCCAUUGCCCCUCAAUUUAAUGUGUACUGGAAAUUAUUACUUAGCUGCUUAAUGAGGUAGAUGAUAUUUUUUUGCUUUUUGAACUAUUUAAUACACUGGAUGACUUAUAUAAAACUAUAAAAUAGAGAGGAUGACAUUUGUUACAUUUUAAACUAUUUAAAGCGCUACAUAUUUCUUUCCAAGCUGCAUUCAUUUUUUGUGUGUGGAAAUAUUCUGUAUGGUUAGACACAAGAAACAAGUACAUAUCUUUCAUAGUAUGUUAUAUUUAGAAAUACUAUGUCUACACAAGGAAAACAAACACCUGUUCAGCCUCGUGUCUAGAUUUUUAAUGACUAGCCACAAGUAAAAGCACAUGGCCUCUCACAUCUCAAUUCAAGAAGUGCAAGCUUCAAGGCAUUGAAAACAAAGGGAAGCUACUGUGACAAUACAACACUACAACAUCACAACAUAGUAUACCAUAUAUUUACAACAUCACAACCUAGUAUACUAUAUAUUUACAACAUCUCAACAUAGUAUACUAUAUAUUUAUUACUUUUUUAGACAGUCAAAUAUUCUAGAGAUGGUGUCACAUUACAAUGCUUUAAGGUUGAUGGUUUUGUGGGAUAUUCAAAAAAAAAAAGUUACUUUUAUUUAGUGUAAAUUAAAAUGUGUAUUCUGUAUAGCAGUAAGAGUUAUAUUAUGACAUUUUAUCUUAAGGGUCAUAUUAUUUGACAUAUUAUUGUAUGAUUCUGCAGAUGGAGAAAUUGGUUAAUUCGUGGAAUCUUUACUUGGUUGAUGAUUUUCUCCUUUGCUGUGCUCAUAUACCUUGGACCCUUAGCCUUGGUUCUUGUGGUGUGUAUUUAUUUAAGUAAAGAAACAAGAAACAUGAAGCAAAAAAAAUAAACUUGAUAAAUGACCCCUUAAAGCAACACAGUGACCAAAAUCCUGUUUUAAGUGAAAAAUGAAACAAGCAAAAAGGGUGGCGAGUAAAACAAAAUACAAGUAAAUAUGGAAAAGUAAAAAACUUUGCCCAUCCUCAAGUAUUUUCUUUCUUUGAGUCUGAUAACUGAAAUGAAACUAAGAAUUAUGGGUAAGGAAAUAAAACUAGGGUGUCCCAGUGGAUUUCAUGUAAAUAGAAGUGGGGACAAAAAAUGUGUUUUCAUGAAAAAGAAACAAAAAUUGAGUUCAUGCAGUGCAGUUUGAGGGUUCUGAAACAUGUUAUAAUCUAUUCACCAAACAAGUCUUAGCUGGUUGCCUUGUGGAGGAUACAAUAGCCAUAAUUUACAAUCAGUAGCACACUUUUGAUUGCUUAAUUGAAAUGACUGUUUCUCAUGUUCAUGGUAAGCCUUAAGAAAAAAAUGCCAUAAAUGGCAAAACUUGGCAUUCAGUAAAAAAGUUUAUUGAAAAAAUCUAUACAUAAAAAUGUAAAAGUAAGCUCCAAAGAACUAUAUUGCAAAGCUAAUGUUAUAGUUCUUUGGAGCUGACUUUUACAUUUUUGAAAGACUAAGUUUGAUUAAUUCAAGAAGGUUUCAUAGAGUAUGUUUUUGACAUGUUGGAUGUUUUUAUGGGAUUUUAUCAAACUUUUACAGAACUCAUUUAAUAACCAUUUCCUUUAUAGGCUAUUUCGUACAACAAAAAAUGCUGGUCAGUAGGCAUUAACAGAUUCACUCAACUAGAAAGAUGUCAUGCACAAAAAGCCUAUCUUGUACAUUAAUCCUAUUAAGCAUUAUUUAGUCUGCUAAAGAGCUUAGUGGUCACACACCUAAUAACAAGCUGACAUUCUUCAGAAUUAUUUUUGUUUCUAUGCAAACAUUGGCUUCAAUUCAUUCCAGAGAAUUUGACGACAUUCUUAAUUAAAAUAGUUUUUUUUUCUUCUAUCUUAUCAUGUAUCCCCCUCCACCUUUGCUAAUUUCACACUGUCUUUUUUUCAAUGCAACUUUUUUUUUUUUUCAAUUCAAGACGUUUGCCCUGCAAAUAAAAUGUUUUCAUGAAAUCAUCACUAUUGGAUACAUAGUGUAUAGAUCUUAUGACCUGCCAUGGUUCAGAACACUCAGCUGGUAUUUUCUAUUUGCCUCCAAUUUUUUCUUCUUUGGAGAAAGCAUGAUUGGAUAUUUUGGUGUUUUAUUGGCCCGCACGGUGAGUAGUAUUUUCUAACUUUCAUAGUGUCCCUCACAUUAUUUUUUGUCUUGCACUGUCAAAAACUUUUCUUAUCAUAAGUAUUUUUACGUCUAAUUUUCAAAACAGAAUUUGAUCAUUAAAUGUACAUCAACAUAAUUUUAGUGAAUUUUUUAAAGCGGUUAAAAUUAACAUUUUCUAUUUCAUUGAGAUAUUAUUGGUACAGAACUUGUUUGCAAGUUUCGCCCCAAAAAUAAAACAAGUUUUUGAAGUGUAUCUUGUAUUUACUGUUUGCACUUGUAUAAUACAAUUUUUUACAACCAUUUUUUUCCAGGAUUUUCUGAGGCCAUUUAUGACUUACCAUAGAUUCAUAUCCUUCUCACUCUAUACUGCUGGCUUGGUUGGAUUCGUCUGCAGUCUCGUCAAAAAACAUUAUUUAAAACAGUUCACCCUGGUAAGAUGCCCCUAUGUAUUAAUACUAGUCCUUAAAUAAAAGGUUAGAUCCAAUAAUAUGGCAAGCGGCAGAGUCCGUGUAAAGACACUAAAGAUUUAUUCCAUUGCUUUGUCAUGCUGUGUGAAAAGUAGGCUAACCGAUUUAAGUACCGGUACUUAACAAUAAAUAACAAACAAAACUUAAUAUCUUAUAGAAUUACUGUCAAAAAUGUCAACUAUGUUUUUUAACAUUAAUCAUCAGUUUAAAAGUAUAAGAAAUAUUUUUAACAUUUGCUAAUUGCCGUUUGAUUCUUUGGUAUUAUAAAUAGUUCCUAAAAUAACAUUAUAUUUUAAUGUACGCUUGAUUUAUUAUUUAUUUGGAGUGAUGUUGAGAUUAACGUUAUGAGAUUUAUAAUAAAAGACUCAUAAUAGACUUGCAGGUGACAUACAUGUCGACCUGCACGGUUUACCCAUACUUUGUACACUUUUGUAUACGUUUGCAAAGUUGUACAGCCACACAGGCUUUUGUACGGUUUUCGACUGUAUUUAGAAAAUUAAAUUUUUUGUACAAGACAAAUGUAUAAAACUUGUGGAAUUAUAAAUUCAAUGUUGGACAACAAGAAGCUUAAAUCCUAAUGGUCCGUUAAAAAUAACCAGGUUGAGGAUCCGCAGACCAUCUAAAUUUAGAAAGAGCACGGUUUCUUUGAUAUCAUUUGUUAAUACAAAGACGGAGUAGUAUAUGGUAACUACUAUGAGUGGUAAACCAUAAAUACAAAUCCGUUUGUGUAAUUCUUAACAAAUACUGCAGUGGUAUUAUUGUCAUUAAAUUUAUUUAAUUUUACUAUCAAUCAACUAAGUAUCUAGCAUUAGACAUUAUACUAAAUUUAUUUAAUUUUGCUAUCAAUCAACUAAGUAUCUAGCUUUAGCAUUAGCCAUUAUGUUAAAUUUAAUUAAUUUUACUAUCAAUCAACCAAGCAUUAUACAUUAUUCCUAUGUAUUACAAAGUUACUUAGACCGAAAUCAGAGAGUAUUGUAGGAAACUUCCAAUAAACACUUUACAUAGCGCAAAGAAUGACAAAAAACAUAAAACAGUCUACUUCUAACCAUAUGCCAUUUGCCUCUGGUACAGAGUACAGUGACAUAUGAGACUAUAAGUUUUCAUUUUAACAAGAGGGAUGAAGUUUAUUUUGCUUCAUUAAUUUAAAAAACAGGAAUCCGUAUUACUACAAAAUGUAUAUUUAACCUAAGAAUUAUGUCUAAUUACAUCUCAAUUGCUAUCAAAUUCAUCGUCUGAGUCUACUUAUAAUCAAAUUGGUAUUGUCUUGUAAAAACUCAAAAUUUUAAAAAAUCUAAUUUAAAACAAGCCACUUUCAUUUAAAAGAUGUGAUACCUCAAUUUAUGAAGGAUGUCACCUAGUUUAAAAGAGUGUGCAGCAAAAGGGGAGAUUAUUCUUUUUUUUAUUCAAGCCUUCAUAACAUUGAUAUAAAUGCUGAAACUGAAACUGAAAUGAUACAUCAUACUUUUUUUUGACUUCUCAUUUUAUUUUUUUUCUAUUCAGUUUUUAAAAAAAAUUCUUUGUAGAGCUUUUCCUGCCAUAGAUUGGCAUGUAUGUGGUUAGGGUUGUGGUUUGUACUUGGCUUCUCUAGAUUCACAGCUUGUAACAUUUCAAACCUAAGAAAGUUGAUUGCACUACAUGCUGACUUUAAAGCCUUAUCUAUUUUUAGUUUGGAUGGACUCAUGUGACCCUGUUGCUAGUGGUUACUCAAUCACAUUUCAUUGUUCAAAAUGUGCUGGAGGGACUUAUUUGGUAAGAUAUGGAUAUAUUAAGCAGAGAGGAAGAAAAAGAAACAUCUAAGAUUCUAGCCGUCUUAUUCCUGCCCAAGCCCUUAUUUUUACCAUAUAAUUCUUGAGCACUGUAAAAAUUAGUUUUCAAACUCAACUAAACAAAAUCUUUAAUCUUCACCAAUAUUCUUUUGAACAAAUUUCCUACUAAAGAUAAUGUCAUCUUAGAGCACAGUUUGAAGCACAAAUCUGAAGGUCUCAAAAUACGCCUUUAUUUAAAUUUGUCUAUAAAUAAUUGUCACAUAAAAUGCAUUUUUCACUCUGCUCAGGGUCCUUGUUCCAGUAUCCAUGAUAAUUUGCAACGAUAUCAUGGCAUAUAUGUUUGGCUUUUUUUUUGGCCGAACUCCACUCAUCAAGCUAUCACCAAAAAAGACCUGGGAAGGUUUCAUAGGUGGCGCUUUUUCUACAAUCAUCUUUGGAAUUAUUGUAAGUUGACUGCAUCUAAACAGAUUAAAGAUAUGUACUGCCUGAGUUUAUGAUUAAAUAUAUUUGAUUAUAGCUUUGUACUGACUGAGUUCAUUAUUAACUGUAUUUGAUUAUAGCUUUGUACUGACUGAGUUCAUUAUUAACUGUAUUUGAUUAUAGCUUUGUACUGACUGAGUUCACUAUUAACUGUAUUUGAUUAUAGCUUUGUACUGACCGAGUUCAUGAUAAUUGUAUUUAAUUAUAGUUUUAUUCUUAUUUAAAUAUGAAUGUAUAGAUAAAUAUUUAGUUAAGUGUUAGAUAUAUUCAUCUCUAAAUGUGUAAUAAGUAUUUAGUUUAGUGUUAGAUAUAUUCAACUGAAUGUGUAUAUAAGUAUAUAGUUUAGUGUUAGUUAUAUUCAUCUGAUCUGAUAUGCAUUUGUUCUAUUUUCACAGUUGUCAUAUUUCCUUGUGCAAUACGACUACUUUGUUUGCCCGGUGUCCUACGAUGACUCCAAGGAUUCUCUCUCAAUGGAGUGUGAGCGAUCUCAUGUUUUUCUCAUCUUCCAGUACAAUUUACCAGAGACAAUAAGGGCAUUCUUCAAGUUGGUGAGUACAGGUUGUAAGCUCUCUCUUUUUGUUUUAAUCAGGGUACUCACAUUCUGACCUUGGAUUGGCCUAUGACGCAGUCUGACCUUGGUCUGGCUUAUGGCACAGUCUGACCUUGGUCUGGCUUAUGGCACAGUCUGACCUUGGUCUGGCUUAUGGCACAGUCUGACCUUGGUCUGGCUUAUGGCACAGUCUGACCUUGGUCUGGCUUAUGGCACAGUCUGACCUUGGUCUGGCUUAUGGCACAGUCUGACCUUGGUCUGGCUUAUGGCACACUCUGACCUUGGUCUGGCUUAUGGCACAGUCUGACCUUGGUCUGGGUUAUGGCACAGUCUGACCUUGGUCUGGCUUAUGGCACACUCUGACCUUGGUCUGGCUUAUGGCACAGUCUGACCUUGGUCUGGGUUAUGGCACAGUCUGACCUUUCUUUAUUAAAGACUAUCUUUCCACUCACAAAUCUUGUCUGUUUGUAGCAUCCAACUUAGUUGUCGCAUGUGAUCUUCACACCAAGCUUUGAUGGCUUCUGACUCAGGUUCACUUGUAAGGUCAAGGUCGCAUCUGAGUUACUGACAUAGAUUGAGAGUAUACCUGAUUUUUCUUUUUUGGGGAGGGGGGAGUUUGUUGAGUGAUGGGGAAGAAAGAAAAUUAGAUUUGAAAAAACCCAAGCUCAUACCCCUUAGCAUCCAUUGAGCAUCUGUCCUGACUGAAGGACGGGGGAAUGAGUGGGGGCCAGGCAUUUGAGAUGAGGGGAUUGAGGAGGGGCCAGGCAUUUGAGAUGAGAGGAUUGAGGAGGGGCAGGCAUUUGAGAUGAGAGGAUUGAGGACGGGGCCAGGCAUUUGAGAUGAGAGGAUUGAGCAAGGGCCAGGCAUUUGAGAUGAGGGGAUUGAGGAGAUGCCAGGCAUUUGAGCUAUUAGACUCUGAUCAACAGACGGCAAGGGACUAGAGACAUAAAAGGCUUCAGUCAUAAAAUUCAACUUUUAGUUCUCUGCCUAGAUAAUAAGUUAAGUCAAUUUAACUAGUAUUUUGUAAGCAUUGGUUGUUUUUGAUAAUUUAAAGAUUAAAACUUGUAUACUAAAAUGUAGAAAAUAAAAUAUCAUAUUAAAAAUGUUGUUAAAAAAGACUGUCCUUUAAAGAUGAGUUUAAACUCACUAAAAAGUAGACAAUAAUUGUAAAUUUUUUAAAUUGCAGUACACCAAGAAAAUGUGCUGAAAAAUAUCUUCAAAAAUGUUAAAAGAAAAAACCAAAUAUUAAGUUCCUUCUACAAUUAAUUCAAAUGCUUUGGCUUCACAGAGUGCCUUACUACCCUUUGUGUAAUGAAAUUUAAGAAGUUUAAAAUAAUUUUCUACUUUUUAGUGUAUUUAAACUUGUCUUAAAAAGAAAGUCUUUUUAUAAAAAGUUAUUUUAUACUUCUUUUUAUCAUAUUGAUUGUAUUAUUGGCAAAAAUUGACAGCCAUUGGUAUACUUAUUUGGGUCAACUUUGUUUUAUAAGCAAAUAGUGGAGUCCAACAAGUGGGGUGGUCGACGACGUAUCAGCAGAUCAUACAAGAUUUUAUCAUUUUCUUUAGAUUCAUUUCUCCUAUUGUAGAAAACAAUGUUUUGAAAAGUAAUAAACAAAAGUCAAUACAGAGCGCGUGCUAAUUUGAGGUGUGUGAAAUCUGGCCAACUUUAUGUCCUCCUUUUGCAGCGGCCAUGACAGACUAUCAAAGUACCUAUGUGGUAUAGUGUAAAUUGUUAGGCUAUCAAAGUACCUACAUGGUACAGCAUAGAUGGUGAGGCUAUCAUAGUACCUAUGUGUUAUAGUGUAGAUUGUCAGGCUAUCAAAGUACCUACAUGGUAUAGUGUUGAUUGUCAGGCUAUGAAAGUAACUGUGGUAUAGUGUAGAUCGUCGGGCUAUCAAAGUACCUACAUGGUAUAGUGUAGAUUUUCAGGCUAUCAAAGUACCUACAUGGUAUAGCGUAAAUUGUAAAGGUCCAUGCUCAAUAUAUUCACCAUGUAUACUGGUAUACUAGUAUUUGUGCUUUAAAUAAUACUGUAUGUUAAUUAGUUUAAAAGUCUUUUUGCUUACACUAUAAUUAUUUUAAAACAAUAUAAAACAUUUUCUUUAGUAUUGCUUCUAGUGGCAUAAUAUUUUAUGGGGUCCGCACAUGAGAAAAGAACUGUUGAACGAGUAUUUUCAGUAGCAAUGUCUGUGUUACAGACUAGCACAGUCUGUAAUGGACUAGCAAUGUCUGUGUAAUGGACUAGCAAUGUCUGUGUAAUGGACUAGCAAUGUCUGUGUAAUGGACUAGCAAUGUCUGUGUAAUAGACUAACAAUGUCUGUGUAAUGGACUAGCAAUGUCUGUGUAAUGGACUAGCAAUGUCUGAGUAAUGGACUAGCAAUGUCUGUGUAAUGGACUAGCAAUGACUGUGUAAUGGACUAUAUCUAUGACGGAGAAAUCCCCAGGGUAAACAUUAACAAACACCCGAUCAUCUAAACAUUUCCAUUGAAGCAAGUCAAUCACAUGUGAUACUUUCUUCAAUGUUUGUGUAUCUGUUUCUUGUUGAUAUUAAGUCAAUGACAUGUAAUACUUUUUAAUACUUUUAAAAAAUUUUUCUUAUGAAUUAAAUUAAGUUUUCUUUAUUUAUAAAUAUUUGUUUAAUUUUUUUUUCUUUUCACAUCUAAAAUAUGUGAAAGCUUGUAUUGAAAAUAUAUUCAUUGGAUAGAUGAUUUGUUUGUCUUCGGUUUCUAGUUGGGCAUCCAGAAAACCACAGUCAGCAUGUACCCAUUCAUUCUUCACUCCAUUGCUAUGUCAGUAUUUGCAUCUGUCAUCGGCCCUUUUGGUGGUUUCUUUGCCAGUGGUUUCAAGCGAGCUUUUAAAAUAAAGGUUGGUUUCUCUAUAACAUUUUUUUUCUUUUAUAAAUGAUCUUCUUUACCACCCUUUCAUUUAACCCUAAGCUGAAGAAGGUUAUUUAACAUAACCUGAAGAAGGUUAUUUAACAUAACCUGAACAAGGUUAUUUAACAUACGCUGAAGAAGGUUUAGUUUAUUUGCUGUGGUUAGGCUCCCAUGUUUCUAUAGGUUCAUGGCAUCCUUGGAGAUAAAAACAGCAUGGCUUCCUAGACUUAUAUAUCGCAUGACAUUGGAUUGAUGGAUUGAUUGAUUGAAUAUUUAUAUAUCACUGGUAUCCAAACUAUUUAUCAAACUAUGAUCAGACCAGUUGAAACUUGGACCCUGACAUAAACAGCAGAAAACCUAUUAAACACAGGGGAAAGGAAAUAAAAUAUAUGGAGCAACAAAGGAUGAAUAUGGAUGGAGAAUACGAACCAAACAGGAAUUGUGCAGUCUAUAUCAGGAUCCCAUGAUAGUAGCAGAAAUAAAAAGAGGAAGGCUGCGCUGGGCUGGACACUUAGAGAGAAUGCCAAAUGACAGAGGAACGAAGAGGGUGCAUCACCAAUACCCCAGAGGAAAAAGGCUCAAAGGCAGACCUUGGCUUAGGUGGAUGGAUGAUGUGGAAAAAGAUCUACAGCAGCUGAAAGUCCAAGCAUGGAAAAGAAAGGCAUUAGUUAGGUCUAAGUGGAAGGAAGUGGUGAGGCAGGCAAAAACCCUACAUGGGCUGUAGCGCCACAGGGAUGGAUGGAUGAAUGAUGGUAUCCGUGCUACUUUAGCAUGCUCACUGCGCUCUGGUUUUCUUAAAUCUAUUUAAAUAGAAAAGUUUUUAAAUGUUUCUUAAAUGAUUUUUUAUCAUUUUGAAUUCCCCUCAAAGAUUGAGGCAAACUGUUCCAUAAUUUUGGCGCUAUCGCUUCAAAAGAGCACACUUUGUAACACUUUUUUCUGUGUUCCUCUACAUUGGGAAUUUUCAGUAAGGACUGUGUUGAGGAGCACAAGUUCAUUAAGGAUACUUGUUUAUAAAUCAGUUCUUUAAGAUAUUCUGGUGCAGAGCCUUCUAUGCAGCUGUAUGCCAGGAACAGAAUUUUGUAAUUAAUGCACUCACUCAAAGGAACCCAACGGAGAUCUCAUAGAACUGGGGUGAUGUGGUCAGAUUUCUUUAUCCGCGAUACAAGGCGUGCUGCACUAUUUUGUACCUUCUGGAGUCUCUGAAUUUGGUUCUGGGGUAAACCCCACAAACAACUGUUAAAGUAAUCUAAUCUUGACUGGAUUAGAGUUACCGCUACAACAUUGGCUGUUCUCUUAUUGGGUUGAGGAUGCAGCUGACUCAGGGCGCCUUGAUGACAGAAGUAAGCCCUCUGCCAGAACUGAUAUGGGGAAUCAUUCUAAGUUUACUGUCAAUAUAAAAGCCAAGGUCUCUGACAGUGGGACAACAGGAUCUCUGAUUCACCAACUUUUAGUGAUGCAACAGCAACUUUCCCAAGAUUGGCUUCUGUCACCAUUGAGUCAGUUUAAACUGUCAGUUCUAGUUUUUAGCACUAGUAAUGACCUCUCAUAGUCUGCAGUGCUUCAAAUCCUUUUAUUAGUUAUCAGUUCAAUGCUAGAUACUAAGAUGUAGUAAAUAUAUGCCUGAAAAAAUCAAAUGUAGAUUUAGGUUAUACAUGCCUAUGAUAAAAUAUAGGUUUAUUCCAUGCGUGCCUUAAAAUCAGGAGUCUCAAACUCAUGGGCCAUUUGCGGCCCGCGAGGCGAUAUUUUGCGGCCCGCUACAUAACAGCAAAGUGUAAUGCUCUGCGGCCUGCGCGUUUUCCCUAUAUUAAUCUAUGUAAUGUGACCCUCCACGACUGUUUGAGUUGCAUCUCACCAACUAGUCUAAAUCUGAUUUUUGUAUGAUGUUUGUAUCCAUUUGGACGUUGAUUAUGAUGGUAAAAACCAUCAGACUUAAGGGUUUUAUUUUAUAGCAUUUUAUGAGAAAACUUGACCAAAGUGUGGUUUUGUCAAAAGUUUAAAAAGUUAGUUAGUGGGUAGGCUACUUAUCUGUGUGAAAAGCUCUUUUCCACGAUUAACUUUAACAAGUCAAAGUUAAUUGCCAAACUUACUGAUGAGCAUCUUCAAGCUACACUGAGGGUCACAGUUGCUUCCUCACUUAAGCCAAAUGUUGCUCAGCUGUGUAAGAAGAAGCGCUGCCAAGUCUCUGUCAACGAGCAGUAGGAGGAAGAAAGUCCAGCCUAGUUCUAGAGAACCCUUAAUGUUUUUAUUUGCUAUUAAUAAAGGUUAAGUGGAUUGUAACCGUUGUACUUUAUUGAAUUUGUAAUCGCUUUUUGUGUGGUAUGCUUAAUGCGGCCCAGUCUCACUCAGACUCUACCUCCUGCGGCCCCCGGAUGAUUUGAGGUUGAGACCCCUGCUUAAAAUAAAAUAUAGAUUUAGGUUUAGUCCAUAAAUGCCUUAAAAUAAAGUCUAGGCUUAGUGCAUAUGUACCUUAAAAUAAAUUGUAGGUUUAGUACAUGCAGGCAAAAUAAAAUGUAGGUUUAGGUUUAGCCCAUACAUUCCUUAAAAUAAAAUAUAGGUUUAGUCCAUCCAUGCCAGGUGAUGUUUUUCCAAAUUGUAUUCCUGGUCUUGAAGUUUUAUCAUGGCAGCCACAAUAUUGUUGAUCAUCUCUGACUAUUAAUGAUUUAGUGAUAAAAAUCAUCUAUGAAUAAUCUCAGGAAGUUGGAAUCAUUAUUAGCUUGAAGGUGUCUGAGUCAGUGAUAAAAUAUAAGCAAUCCUUGUAUCUUAAACAAUAAAAUAAUACAUAUAAGUAUUCUUUGAAAGCUCUAUCAACUUAAACUAGUUAGUAUUAUGAUAUUCUCAACACUGAUAUUAGUUUGAUAAUUUAGAUUUAUUAAUGGAAACAAAACCAAGAGGACAUACAAGUGAUUGUGUUUGAUAACACAGGUCUUAAUGAGGUUUUUGAUAACACAGGACUUAAUGGGAUGUUUGAUAACACAGGACUUAAUGGGAUGUUUGAUAACACAGGACUUAAUGGGAUGUUUGAUAACACAGGACUUAAUGGGAUGUUUGAUAACACAGGACUUAAUGGGAUGUUUGAUGACACAGUUCUUAAACACAUGUUGCAUUUAGAUCUGUAAGACUGUCAUUAAUAUGUGUGUCAUUUGUUUAAAACUAGGAUUUCGGGGACACUAUUCCUGGACAUGGCGGCAUCAUGGAUCGCUUUGACUGCCAGUUCCUAAUGGCCACUUUUGUUCAUGUUUACUAUUCAAGCUUCAUCAAGUAAGUCAUUUCAAUAUCCAACAUGGACAUUGAAUCAUAAACCAAUCUAACUUGAAUUAGAUUAAGCAUUUGUAUAGAAACAAUUUCACACUAUCUUUGUGCAUAAUCAUUGGAAAUUAUUUUUUAAAUCUUUGCUUUUAUUUUUAUUAUUAAAUUUUAAAAAAAACUAAUACCUUUUAAAAAGACUAUUGAUUAAAGGAUUUAAAAUAAAACAUCACUAUUUUAAAAAGUCAAUCAAUAUAGUUAUCAUUUUGUAAGAAAAUAAAUAUUACAGUGUGCAUUUCUAAAUUCAAACUCACUGGCUAUGGUGUUUUUUAUUGUAUCAAUUUAACCAAUUCUGGUUGGCACUGGUCUACUUUGCUGUAGCUAUUUGAUCCUUCCAAAGAAUAGUCCUGGUAGUGCCUUGAAGCUGGACAUGACUUUAGAAAGAUAAUUGGAACAUUAUAUUGCCGUCAUGUAAAAGUGUUGAUUAUACAAUAGUAGAAAAGUGGAUACUUAAUUUCUGAGGCCAGUAAAUACCUUACAUUAUUCCAGUUGGCCAAAUGGUAUUGUUUUCUGGCUCUUGAUGGCAAGCUCUGUUAGUACCAGAUAUACACUUAUGUCAUACACUUGUAUCUAUCGGUACCAGAUAUAAUAAUAAACAACUAUUCCAAUAGAUUAAAAAUACUAUUUAUUGGCCCACAGAUUGAAAUAAGUUUUUAUUAUUUGAUUGAAUGAACAUUGUUGAUUGAAAAGAAAAACACAGUUUGAAAAUAAAAAGGUAAAAAAAAAAAUUCCCACUUGAAUGUUUUGUUUCAGAGUUCUGAAUCCACAAAAUAUAGUGCAGACCGUGUUGAUGUUGAAACCUGAACAACAGAUUCAAGUGUUUGCCAUGUUACGAGACAAGUUAACACAGAGAGGACUCAUUGACAACUCCACAAUGUCAUCUUAAGAAGCCGGCUUGGUGUUAAGUGUUGAUUGUAUGUUCAUUUCAUUUGUUUCCACGGUGGAUAUAUUCUCAUAGUUUAUUCAUUUAUUUAUUCCACGGAUUAGUUUUUCGCGCCCAUUUCUGCAUAAAGAAACUAUCUAAGAGUGAAAAAAUAUAUAUUUUGGUGCAAACAUUAUUUCCCUUUGAUGAUGAAUAUAUUUUUCUUUUACAUUUUUUAAUUAGUUUGAAAUAUUUGCUUCUCAUACUUGUCCUAAAUGUUGGAUAUAAUAAGGACUUAUAUAAUAUAUCUGUAUAUCUGUGUGUAGAUAAUCUGAAUAUAAUGGUUUUUGUUAGAUGUUACAACUAUUUUUAUUGUUUUAUUAAUGAAUAAUUGUUGUGUAAUAAUUAAGUCAUGAUUAAAUUAUUAUUUCUUUACACUGUAGAUAAUAGGUACAGAUUUUUACAUUUGAAACUUAUGUUGUUUUAAAAGCCAAUUAAGAAAUAUUGCCACAAAUGAAGCACUUAAAUAAAGUGUAUUGAAACCUUCCAAAAAGAACUCCAGUUCAUAAAGUAUGGAAAUACAAUUUUUAUAAUAAAAAGUGUAAGGUGGGAUAAUUGUUAACAAAUCUAAUGCCUUGAUGAUUGUCAUGGCUACCACUGACGAUGCCAGGUAAUAAUGGUACCAUCAUGAUGUCACCACUGAUGCCAGAUACUAACUAGUGGUACUGUCAUGAUGUCACCACUUAUGUCAGAUACUAACUAGUGGUACUGUCAUGAUGUCACCACUGAUGCCAGAUGCUAACUAGUGGUACCAUCAUGAUGGCAUAAAUAUUAGUCAUAGAUUCUUUGUGUUAGAAGCUAGUAAACUUAUGGCUUUUUCAUCCCCUUUUUUUAAAACGUUUCCCACUUUUAAACUGCAAUGGGUUUUCCCUAUCAAGAAUGGCUAUUACUUGAUAUACAGAAAAUUUUACCAUUGUCCAACAGAGCCCAAACAUAAAUGUUAACUCAACCUAGUUGUUUAUAUUUCUUUAAUAGUUGUUCAAAAUAUCUUCUCCCACCAAGAAAACAUUAUCAUAAUGGCUCAUACUAAGUUAUCCUUGCUUAGAAUUGAAAAGACACAUGCCUGGAAUAUUUGUUAAAGAUAACAUUGGGAGGAAAGCUGGUUUUUAUUGGAAAGUACUAAGGUUGACUUGUCCUAAUAUUAAGGGACCCUUGUACUGUAGUCAAUGUAAUAUUUGACCAUGUCAUUAUCAACUAAAGCUUCAUUGUAAGGGGCGAAUCAAUUAUUAUUACAAUGAGAGAAUCAAUUUAUUAUUCCAGUUUCAAUGUCCGAACUAUAUACAUUUUUAUUCUUUUAAAUUAUUUGUUGACGUGAUUAUUAGCAGUUGAUAAAUACCAUUUGUAUUAAAAUUACAUGUUUUUAAAAAAACAAGCCAUAAUAGAAUUAACAUUUUUAGUUUUUAAAUAUGUUGCUUUUCUUUUUUACCAUCUGCAAUAGAUAUGUAUGUCACAUACUACAGAUAUGUUUGUGAUCUCCUAUAGAUAUGUUUGUCACAUACCUUACACAUUUCUGGAAAUAAGUCAAGAUAUAUAGACUAUUAUGUUUUAAAAAAUGUCACAUUAAAAACAUGUUUAUGUCAUCUGAGAAGACAUCAUUUGUAACUUGGACUGUAAGAGCUUUUUGUUUGUUUU